UUUUGUUUGUUUGUUUUUUUUUUUUUCUUUUGUGUUUGUGUGUGUGUUUUGAUGGGCAGGGCACCAUGUUGUGAUAAGAAGGGGUUGAAAAGGGGGCCUUGGACCCCUGAGGAAGAUGAGAAAUUGGUGAGCUUUAUCAACAAAAAUGGCCAUGGCAGCUGGCGUUCUCUUCCUAAGCUUGCAGGGCUCCUUCGUUGUGGGAAAAGCUGCAGGCUGCGUUGGACAAAUUAUCUAAGGCCAGACAUUAAAAGAGGCCCUUUUAGCCCUCAUGAAGAGAAGCUUGUCAUUCAGUUGCAUGCCAUUCUUGGCAACAGAUGGGCUGCAAUAGCCUCUCAACUCCCCGGAAGAACAGACAAUGAGAUCAAGAACCUCUGGAACACCCACCUCAAGAAGCAGCUCCCCAAAUUGGGCCUCGACCCUCAGGCCCACGAGCCCCCUCCCAAGCCCGACGGGCCAAAGCCCCUCUCUGCGGCCCGCCACAUGGCCCAAUGGGAGAGCGCCCGUCUCGAAGCCGAGGCCCGACUCUCCAGGCCGGAGCCCACCGGCGACUUUUUCCUCCGGCUAUGGAAUUCGGAGGUCGGCGAGACUUUCCGGGACCUGAGAAAGACGGGCUACGGGUCGCCACCGAGCACCGUGGCCUCGUUCGUGGGGCCCGCGAGCCCGAGGCCCGAGGCAGAGGACACGUCGGAAUCCGAGCUGCACGAGCUGUUUUUGGAUUUUCCGGUCGAAAAUGAUAUGAUGAGCUUCUUGGGGGAGCCUGAUGAUUAUGGUGGUUAUUAUUAUGGGUCUGGUUUUUGUUGAAGGAGGUUUGGCUUUUUAGUUGAAUGUGAUUUGAUGUGUUUUAACAGUGUGUUUUUGUUGUGGGUUUUGUGCAAGUAAAUAGGCAGGUUUCUUAUUGUUGGUUGAGGUGAUUUCUUUUCCCUGACUUGAGGAAAAAUGAGUAACAGUUUGUAUUGGCAUUGGCAGGUGAGGUGGGUGAUGACUAAUUGAGAUUGUUGUUCAACUUUCUGAGUAAUGCUGGAGCUUGUUAUAAGCUCUGUUUUGAAGUAUUUGGUGCACUCUUUUCU